GGUAGUCUCAGGUCCCUACGAGUCCUUAUGCAACACCAGCCCACUGUAUAUAAGACCAGACCCGUCAGAGGAACCACAGGAUCCUCACCAGCCCUCACAGUGCAUCUUUUCGGUAACAACAAGCAGUGCGGAAGAGGCAGAAUGUUGCGCGGCAUCGUGGCCCUCUCCCUCCUGGUCGUGUGCUGGGCACAACAGGACUGCCAAGUGGCGAAUAUCAAAGUCAUGCCGAACUUCGACAGAAGCAGGUAUGCCGGGGUCUGGUAUGCUGUGGCCAAGAAGGACCCCAUUGGCCUGUUCCUGCUGGAUAACAUCGUGGCCGAGUUCACAAUUAAGGAAGAUGGCACGAUGACAGCCACUGCUGAGGGCAGAGUCGUCAUCUUCAACAACUGGGAAACCUGCGCCAACAUGUUUGCCACUUUUGAGGACACCAACGAUCCCGCCAAGUUCAAGAUGAAGUACUGGGGAGCUGCCAGCUUUCUGGAGAAAGGAUAUGAUGAUCACUGGGUCAUUGACACCGACUACGAAAACUACGCCAUCCACUACGCCUGCAGAACAGUGGACGAAGAUGGCACGUGUCUGGAUGGCUACUCCUUUAUCUUCUCUCGCCAUCCGACAGGCCUGAGGCCAGAGGACCAGCGCAUCGUCACCCAGAGGAAGCAGGAGCUGUGCCUGCUCGGCAAAUACAGACGCGUUGCACACAACGGCCACUGCCAGGCAAGCUGAUCUACUGAAACUGAGGAGCAUCACAGGAGGAGACUUUGACAUCAACAUAUCAACACUGUACAUAAAGGAGAGGCUGAACAUUGACAGUGGUCAGGUGUCAGUUUUGCAUCAUCCCGUAUAAGACUUAAUUACAUUUAAACACUUUUCAAGUUUUGUUCCGUACUCAAAUCAGGUUCGGUUUUUCUUUCCUUUUUUUUUUUUUAAGAUACUUCUUUUUAAGUGUCAUGCUUAAUAUGGUUAAUAGUGAAAGCAAUGGCUACUGGUUAGCUGCAAGCUGAGAUGCUUAUCUAGGACCGGUAGUGUUGGAGUCAGUAAGCCAUAAGGUCUUUUUUUCUUGGAUAACAAGUAGUCACUUUUUAUAAUUAAGUAAAAACAAAAAAUUACCCAACAAAACAAGAGCAUGAUACGGGGUCAGUAAAUAAGAACUCUCAUCAGCGGUAAAGAGCAAUUUUACCUCUUGAAUGUAACUCCAAUGUCUAACAUGUUACCAGUCAUUGGCCACAUCUUCACAUAGAGGAAUAUAUAUAUAUAUAUAUAUAUAUAUAUA